AGGAAAACCCCGCCUCGCUUGUGGUAUGAGUGGUACAGCGUAUCCUACCAUCCCAGGACUGUACAACCUCAUUCAGCUCCGGGUCUAGUCCGGUCCCAGACGACCUCGCUCAUUCUGUCAUGACAGUAGAAACGCAGAGAAUUCGUGCUCUGUCUUCAAAUGGAAGGCGACCGCCAGUAACUUACAGUAGCUGCUGCUGCUCCCUCCCCUUGACUGGGGUAAUUUCGAUCAGGAAGGUUGAAAUGCAGAAGUUUCUCCCCCGAACUGAGAGAUCACUCUCCUGAGCAGGAUUUCAUGAACAUCGGAGACCCUUUGUGGAGCUCCACCCGCUUUUCCCUCGCAGGAAUUUGAUCCGGAAGAAAGUCGCUGUCACACAAACAAAACACACCUGCAUGGCCACUUUGCCCAGUUCCGAUAGGAGAGCAUUUGCUCUGAAAAUUAACAGGCAUUCUUCUGCAGAUAUAAGAAGGCAAUUUGUACAGCAACUAAAUCCUGGACAGUUCCCUCAGCGAAGUCUUAGUACCCCUGGGGUGUCUUCUCUUCAUCUACCUCAAUACUACGAUGCAGUAGAACCGGUUGAUUUUGAAGGUUUCCUCAUGAUGCAGUUGAAUAACUUAGAUUCAGAACUCCUGCAGGAACUGGGUGACUUUCCUGAAGAUGAUUUGGAGGUGGUCUUUACUCAAAAGGAGCACAGGACCUUGCAGCCAUCAUUACCAGAAGAAGGAGCUGAAUUGGAUCCACAUGUCCGGGAUUGUGUUCAGACCUAUAUUCGUGACUGGCUGAUUGUGAAUCGAAAGACCCAAGGAAAUAGUGAGACAUCUUCCUUCACGAAAAGGGGAUCCAGAAGGGACUUCCACAGAAAUCUUCAAAAGCAGACGUUUGAAUCUGAAAUUGUGGAUUACAGUGAUUAUCAGGCAAGUUUCCCGCAUUUAAAGGUCCUCUGUGAUGACUCUAGUAGAGCCACACUGACCUCUGGAGAUUUCGAUUUGCGCAGUUUGCAACCUGAUCAUCGUCUGCCAAAUUUGCUACAGCAUGUGAGUGUUGAAGAAUUUCAGAAACAAAAUGAGGAAGCACGGCAAAACAACAGGCCUGCAGAAUUGUUUGCCCUGUAUCCCAGUAUAGAUGAGGAGGAUGCUGUGGAAAUACGGCCAGUGCCUGAAUGUCCCAAGGAAUAUUUGGGCAAUAGGAUACUGGUAAAAAUACAGACACUGAAAUUUGAGAUAGAAAUUGAGCCAUUAUUUGUAAGCUUGGCCCUCUAUGAUAUAAAAGAAAGGAAAAAGAUCUCAGAGAAUUUUCAUUGUGAUUUGAACUCUGAACCUUUCAAAACAUUUUUACGAUCACACACACCCUGUAUUGACUCUUCUAGUCAGGCGAGGUCUGCAGUAUUUUCAGUUACGUAUCCCUCUCCAGAUAUCUACCUAAUAUUGAAGAUUGAGAAAGUACUUCAGCAAGGUGAAAUUGGAGAUUGUGCAGAACCCUACAUGGUUCUAAAAGAAAGUGAAAGUGGAAAGACCAAAGAAAAGGUUGAAAAAUUAAAAACCCAAGCAGAGUCUUUUUGCCAGCGUUUAGGAAAGUACCGCAUGCCUUUUGCUUGGGCUUCUAUCAGCUUAGCAAAUUUCUUCAAUAUUUCAACACUUGAAAGAGAUAUUGCAGAGGUAGAAGUUUUAAAUGGCAAAGGGUCCACCGGUGAUAGAAAAUCAAUGACAUUGCAAGGAAGGAGAUUUUCUGAACGAAGCCUUUACUCAGAGGAUGUUCCUGGAAUGCCAAACUUCAAGACCACCACAUUGACCGUCAACACAUUUUUUAAACAGGAAGGAGAUAGACUAAGUGAUGAGGACUUAUUCAAGUUUCUAGCUGAUUGCAAGAGAACAUCUUCCUUGCAGAGAAGGGUGAAAUCUAUACCAGGAUUACUCAAAUUGGAGAUCUCUCCCGCUUCGGAAGCAAUCAGUUGUUGUCUUAACCCAGAAUUAUUGCAGGUGAAGCCAUUCCCUGAAAACCGCAGCCGUCCUCAUAAAGAAAUUUUAGAGUUUCCUGUACGAGAAGUCUAUGUCCCACACACUGUGUAUAGAAAUCUUCUCUAUGUGUAUCCACAAAGGCUGAAUUUUGCAAACCGUCUGGCUUCAGGACGAAACAUUACCAUUAAGAUUCAGUUUAUGUGUGGGGAAGACCCAUCCUGUGCAAUGCCAGUCAUCUUUGGAAAAUCUACAGGUCCAGAAUUUGUUCAAGAAGUUUACACACCUGUCACAUAUCAUAACAAGUGUCCUGACUUCUACGAGGAAGUGAAAAUUAAGCUCCCAGCCAAACUGACAAAAAAACACCACCUGCUGUUCACAUUUUACCACAUCAGUUGUCAGCCAAAACAAGGAGCAUGUAUAGAAACUCUCCUGGGAUAUUCAUGGCUGCCGAUUCUGCUAAAUCAUCGUCUUCAAACAGGACAUUAUUGCCUCCCUGUUGCCUUGGAUAAACUGCCUGCCAACUAUUCAAUGUACUCAGCAGAGAAAGUUCCUCCACAAUCACCUCCAAUUAAAUGGGUUGAAGGCCACAAAGGGGUCUUUAAUGUUGAAGUCCAAGGAAUAUCUUCAAUUCAUAUGCAGGACAAUCACCUAGAGAAAUUCUUCACCCUAUGCCAUGCACUAGAAAGCCAAGUCACCUUUCCUAUCCGAUUGCUAAAUGAAAAGAUCACAGAAGCUAAUCUUGAACCUGAGCUGAAACUGAGCCUUGUCUGCUUGAAUUCCUCCCGCCUUGAGCCCUUAGUAUUGUUCCUACACUUGGUUUUGGAUAAGCUGUUUCAGCUGGUGGUCCAGCCCAUGAUUAUAGCUGGCCAGACAGCCAACUUCUCUCAAUAUGCCUUUGAAUCCGUGGCUUCAGUUGUGAACAGCCUUCACAACAGCAAAGACCUAAGCAAGGACCAGCAUGGGAGAAACUGUCUCCUGGCAUCUUAUGUUUACUACGUGUUCCGGCUUCCUGAAGUUCAAAGAGAUGUUAUCAAACUGGGUACAACAGGAAGUGCCAAUCUUCCUGAAUCCCGUUAUUACACAUAUGGACGCACCACAGCUGUCUCUGUGGGCUCUAGGCUCUUGCAGAGCAAGGUAACAAGCUGCAGUAAUCCAGACAUUGCUGGGAUGCAGGCUGCUACAGAUGAAGAAGUCAGGAGCAUCAUGGCCACAACGGUUGCAGAUCGGAGCUACAAUCGGAUGUCUUACUAUAGUGAGCCUGGCAGUGUUAUGUCAAGCCCCUGUCAAAGUCCUCAGCCACCCAGUAAAAAGCAUUUCCAUGAAGAGUUAGCACUUCAGAUGGUGGUCAGCACUGGCAUGGUGAGAGAAUCGGUCUUCAAGUAUGUCUGGUUCUUCUUUGAAUUGCUGGUCAAGAGUAUGGCUCAGCAUGUACAUAAUAUGAACAAACAGGAUGCGUCUCGUAGAACUCGGUUUUCCAAUCGCUUCAAAGAUGACAUCACCACUAUAGUCAAUGUUAUCACCUCAGAAAUUGCAGCACUUUUAGGCAAACCACAGAAGGAAAGUGAACAAGCUGAAAAUAUCAAUAUUAGCCUGGCUUUUUUCCUGUAUGAUCUACUUUCACUAAUGGAUCGUGGAUUUGUAUUCAACCUUAUAAAACACUACUGCAAUCAGCUGUCUAAUAAGCUGAAUGCACUUCCAACGCUGAUUUCUAUGAGACUGGAUUUUCUGCGAAUUCUCUGCAGUCAUGAACAUUACCUCAAUUUGAACCUCUUCUUUCUAACUUCAGGAUCUGCUCCAGCAUCUCCCUCUCCUUCUCUGUCAUCCCAGAAUUCAAGUUCUUGCUCAAGUUUCCAGGAUCAAAAACUUGCUAGCAUGUUUGACCUGACAGCAGAUUAUCGGCAGCAGCACUUCCUAACUGGGCUCCUCUUCACUGAACUGGCAGCUGCUCUGGACACAGAGACAGAAGGAAUAAGCAAAGUGCAGAGGAAAGCUGUCUGUGCUAUCUGCAGCCUCUUGUGUUCACAUGACUUGGACAAAUUGUGCUUCAAACCAGAAGUGAAAGUGAAAGUUGCUGCCCUUUACCUGCCUCUUGUUGGGAUAAUUUUGGAUGCGUUUCCUCAAUUACAUGAUUUUACAGUUUCUGAUGGUCGCAACGGGAAAGGCCGUGCUGGCUCUCCAGAUGAAGAACAAGAGGCUGCAAACCAGAUUAACCAGAAUAUUGCUCUAGCCAUCGCUGGGAAUCAAUUUAAUGCCUUACAGACCUCGGCUUCAUCCUUGUCCACAAUGACCUACAAGCAAUACAGCAUUUUAAGCCCUGAGACAACACGUCAUCUUUUGAUCUGUUUCCUUUGGAUAAUGAAAAAUGCUGAUCAGAAUCUUAUUAGGAAAUGGAUUGCAGAUCUGCCGUCUAUGCAGCUGAACAGAAUUUUAGACCUCCUUUUCAUCUGUGUUUCGUGCUUUGAGUACAAGGGCAAACAAAGCUCAGACAAAGUCAGCACUCAAGUGCUUCAGAAGUCAAGAGAUGUAAAAGCCAGACUUGAAGAGGCUUUACUAAGAGGAGAGGGUGCCAGGGGUGAAAUGAUGAGGCGUUGUAAGAUGCCUGCAGGAAAUGAUAGGUUCUCAGGGUUGAAUGAGAACCUACGAUGGAGGAAAGAGCAGACACAGUGGCGGCAAGCAAACGAGAGGCUAGAUAAAACAAAGGCUGAGAUUGAUCAAGAAGCUCUAAUUAGUGGCAAUCUGGCUACAGAAGCUAAUCUGAUCAUUCUAGAUAUGCUAGAGAACAUCAUUCAGCCAACCACAGCUAUGGACUGCAGAGAGCACAUUUUGGGAAGUGUGUUGAAGGUCCUGGUAAAUUCUUUGACCUGUGAUCAGAGCACAAGCUACCUGACUCAUUGCUUUGCUACUAUCCGGGCACUCAUAGUCAAGUUUGGGGAUUUCCUGUUUGAAGAAGAAGUGGAGCAGUGUGCUGAUCUCUGCCAGAGAGUCCUGCAACACUGCAGCAGCAGCAUGGAGGCCACUCGGAUUCAAGCCUGUGCCACCCUGUACCUUCUCAUGAGAUACAGCUUCAGCUCCGCCAGUAACUUUGCACGAGUGAAAAUGCAAGUGACAAUGUCACUAGCUUCUCUGGUUGGUAAAGCAUCAGAUUUUAAUGAGGAAUAUCUCAGAAAGUCUUUACGUAGCAUUUUGGCAUAUGCAGAGGGAGACGUAGACAUGCAUGCAACUCCAUUCCCAGCACAGGUAGAAGAGCUAUCGCGCAAUCUUAACAGCAUUUUGUCAGACACAGUGAAAAUGCGAGAAUUCCAGGAAGACCCAGAGAUGCUUAUGGAUCUUAUGUACAGAAUUGCCAAAGGAUAUCAGACAUCUCCAGACUUAAGGCUUACAUGGCUCCAGAAUAUGGCGGAAAAGCAUGCCAAGAAAAAAUGCUACACAGAAGCUGCCAUGUGUCUUGUUCAUGCUGCUGCUCUGGUUGCAGAAUACCUGAGCAUGCUAGAAGAUCACAGUUACCUACCAGUUGGCAGUGUCAGCUUUCAGAAUAUUUCCCCAAAUGUGCUAGAGGAGUCAGCCAUUUCAGAUGAUGUUUUAUCUCCAGACGAAGAUGGAGUAUGCUCUGGGCGAUAUUUCUCAGAGAAUGGACUGGUUGGACUGCUGGAACAGGCGGCAGAGCUUUUUACUACGGGAGGACUGUGUGAAACGGUAAAUGAGGUCUACAAGAUUGUCAUCCCUAUCUUCGAAGCACACCGAGAUUUCAGAAAGCUUUCUUCCACACACAGUAAACUACAGAAGGCCUUUGAGAGCAUAAUAAAUAAGGGUCAAAAGAGAAUGUUUGGCACAUACUUCCGUGUUGGCUUCUAUGGGGCCAUAUUUGGUGAUUUAGACGAACGGGAAUUUGUUUAUAAAGAGCCUGCCAUUACCAAACUUCCUGAAAUUUCUCAUAGACUGGAGGGAUUUUAUGGCCAGUGCUUUGGGGAGGAUCGUGUGGUAGUGAUUAAAGAUUCUACUCCAGUGGACAAGAGUAAACUAGAUCCCAGUAAGGCCUACAUACAAAUUACCUUUGUGGAACCCUUCUUUGAUGACUAUGAGAUGAAAGACAGAGUGACCCACUUUGAGAAAAACUUCAACCUUCGACGAUUUAUGUACACCACCCCUUUCACUCUGGACGGACGCCCACGAGGAGAACUGAGUGAGCAGUAUAAGCGGAAGACCAUUUUGACUACAAUGCAUGCCUUUCCAUACAUCAAAACUAGAAUCAAUGUCAUUCAAAAGGAGGAGUUUGUUUUGAUGCCAAUUGAAGUAGCUAUUGAAGAUAUGCAAAAGAAAACCCUGGAACUGGCUGUUGCCACCAACCAGGUGCCACCAGAUGCCAAAAUGCUCCAGAUGGUGCUUCAAGGCUCUGUGGGAGCCACAGUCAAUCAGGGGCCACUAGAGGUAGCCCAAGUGUUCCUGGCUGAUAUUCCAGAAGAUCCAAAACUUUAUCGACAUCACAACAAGCUGAGAUUAUGUUUCAAAGAGUUCAUAAUGAGGUGUGGUGAAGCAGUGGAGAAAAAUAAGCGCUUGAUUACUGCAGACCAACGAGAAUAUCAGCUGGAACUGAAAAAGAACUAUAACAAGUUGAAAGAGAAUCUCAGGCCAAUGAUUGAGAGAAAAAUCCCACAACUAUAUAAACCCAUUGUGAAAGUGGACAAUAUUUCAAGGGACUCUUUCCGUAGCUCUAGUUUUAGGAAGUAUGAAAAUAUGCCUUCACAGAACACAUAAGAAGAACCACCUCAUGAGAAUCGGUUUGUGCAAGGUACGGAAUGCAAGAAAAUAUUCAAAUGCUGCACCAGGUAGAAAACUUCCCAUGAAUGCUGAUGACCAUAUUUUGGAAGAUAGCUACACGUACGAGACUCAAGAUGGAAAUAGGAGUUAUAACCCAUGCACCUGCUUCUGGGAAUGGAUGUUACUUGUUAGAAAAUAGAUCUUUGAAAAAUUGACUUGAAUAUUUGCACUCACACAGGAAAAAUAUUUUUUCCAAAAUGCUCAAAGCCACUUAAUGAUACUGCAUUACCCACAAAAUAUCUCCAGUACAUUAUGGAUUCAUGUUUAAAUAUCCACUUCUUGCGUGGACUUCAAAUCACGGAAAUUUUAUGGAAAGUUUUCAAAUUAAUCUAAACACCAUUCUGCAGAAUUAUGGAUUUGCAUCAGUGGUAUGGAAGCAUAUUUUUCAAGUAACAGAUAUGAACAGUUAUGAGACUUAAGAACAGAACAAUAUUCAGCCAAAGUUAAGCACAUUUAAAUCUCACUGAUUUCAGUAGGAGAGUUCUGAUAUGUAUAUUUCCAGCCUGUUUGAAGAGAAAAAUCCUGUAACUUGAUGUGAUACAUUGCAAUAGAUCAAGUAAGAACUUCUCACAUCAGACAUGUUGAAAUCAUGCUUAAACAAGUAGGAUCAACUUACAUCAAGAUUAAAAAGCAACAUUUAAUAUUGAAAUCUGCUUGGCUAGACAGGGAUCUGAACAAAAUGGAGACUACACAGGUGAGACCAAGAUUAAAAUUUAAGCUAAACCUUUUCCACUCAGGUAUAUUUACAAACCACAGAGAUUCAUUCUAGUUGGAAUGUUUUGUUACAAUUAUUGUUGUUAUUUUAAGAGUAGCACUGUAUUUCUUUAAUUUUUUUGAAAUAUAGGCAUACUCCCUGACAUGUCUGUUACUUUUGUUACUAGUUUCUGAAACUUGAUUUAUUCAGCCUAGUCUUUGUGAUAGGCAAUGGUAAGGAUAAUAACUUUGAAUAUUUGUACAUAUUUUUGCAUAUGUUAUUCUGAGACGUCAGAAUUUUGACAGGUGGACAAGCCAGUGGAGAUUUUAACACUUAACAGGUUUUUUUAUUUUUUAAGUCCUAAAAGGAGACCAUGAUUUUUUAAAAAAAUAUAUAAAUAAAAUAUGAUACCAAUAUAAA